GCAAGGGCCAGUUACGAUGAUUGCACAUGGACAACUCGAGUCGUUUGUGUCUUUCAAACCUAAAGCACCAAUUUCGGCGAAACAUCGAAUUGGAUCCAUCUUGACAGAUGGUUGCUGGCGGAGAGUAAAUCCUCUCUUUCCCCGGAUGUGGCCAAGCUCAGAGUGCAGCUAACCUUCAGACUCCAUAACCACGACCAUUGAGGAACAAGGACGACAAGGAGCGAAAUACACACACGCAUCCACAGAACGAGAGGCCGAAACACCGAGGACGGAGAGAAAAAUCAAGGCCGCCUCGCCACUUUCCUCGAGGUUCCCCGGCUCAGUUGCUCACUCCCUCGCCCCUCAUGCAGUUCGAAGCUCAAUGUCAAGGGAAGUUUCUCACAUUUUCCAACUUAAGGGUCGUGUUAUGGUGUCUUCUUGUGUCCCAUUUCCUUUCAAUCAUUGACUCUCACGCAGUCCACGAGGGAGACAGGGCGCAAAUUGCUUUCUUGACGUGUGAUCACUAGAGUGAAGUGUGUCUGUCUUUGCCAGAUGAAUUUUGUGCGGAAAACCAAUUUGGUCGACGAUCCGGAUAUGAUGAGCUACGACGACGAGACCUCGUCCUUAGUCAUGGAUUACGACCAAUUGUUGUCCAAGAUGAACGCCACCGAGCGUCUCGAAUUGGAAUGUGCCAUCAAAGAGCAGCAAUUUAAUGCCAGCCGUGACCAAUAUGCGGCAACCCUGCGUUGUCCACCAAGUUUUGACAAAAUCAGCUGUUGGCCGGCAAGUGUCACGGAUUCGUUGGUGGUGAUUCCGUGUUUUUCUGAAUUCAACGGCGUACGAUACGAUACCACAAAAAACGCCUCCAGAGAGUGUCUCAGCGAUGGAACCUGGGUGUCCAAAUCGAAUUACAGCAUGUGUACGGUGCUUCAUCUGGAUCAAACCUUGUUCAACGAGUCCGAAAGUGUACUUCCUCACGAUUAUUCGUUCCUCAUUUACCUCGUUGGUUACAGCUUGUCACUCAUAGCUCUCUUCAUUGCAUGUGGCAUCUUCUUUUACUUCAAAGAGAUCCAUUGUCUUCGAAACAAGAUCCAUACCAACUUGUUUGUAACAUACAUUCUUUCCAACAUGUUUUGGAUUCUCUCGGCCACCAUUCACUCCACCAAACAAGACGGCGAAACCAACAUGAUAUGGUGCACAUCUCUGGUAUUUGUCAGAUUUUUCCAUCUCUGCACCUUCUUCUGGAUGUUUGUCGAAGGGUUGUAUUUAUUUGUGCAAGUGAUUGCUGCUUUCUUCAUCGACAAUUCGUGUAUGAAACUAAGACACUACCUUUUCAUCGGAUGGGGUAUUCCAUUUAUCAUUGUGGGAGUCUGGGCCACCCUGACCUCAAGCCUCAACACUGGAAUGGUCAACCAGGGUGUCAAUUUUCGAGGUGUUCAGUACAAAAUUACCACAUCAAAUUUUACAACGAUGUCGCCAGCGAGCCCCUCCCUGGAUUGCCCUUUCAUGGCCCAAAACAACUUGGAAUACAUCUAUACUGUGCCUAUCCUCUUUGUUCUUGGACUGAAUACAUUUUUCCUGGUCUGGAUCAUGUGGGUUGUCAUCACUAAACUGAGAUCCUCUGCAUCCGCUGCCCAAGAGCACGACCAUCAGAAUUGGAAGGCUGCUAAGGCACUGCUCGUUAUCAUCCCGCUCUUGGGGAUCACUUAUCUCUUCACCAUUUCCGGGCCUUCGGAUCCAACCACAAUGCCUUACUACAUAUUUCAACACGUCAGAGCCUUUCUUCUUUCCAUUCAGGGGUUUGCGGUCACUCUGCCGUACUGUUUCCUCAAUACGGAGAUUCGCAAUGUGGUCAAAAACCAUUGGGAUCGCUAUCAGACCAACCGCACUGUGGUCGAAGGCAUUCAAAAUGUGACCCGAGGAGGGGGUCAAUCAGGUCGAAACUCUUUUUCGUUCUACAACAAUGACGGAUCCAGAAGAAGUUCCACGUUCAGGAUGCACUUUACUCCCACGGGUAGCAACCAUUCAGGAGGGAGUGGGAGCCAGAAUCGACCUCGACUUGUGCAUCAAUCCUCACUUCCAGCUUCUUAUUACGUCGAGUCUAGUUUCAAGUGUCCUGGAGGGGCAAGUCUCGGGGGAACUCACGGGCCUCAUCCCAGCAAUGGUGGUGGUGCCAAUGGUUUUAAAUUCAUUCGCGGUCGUGAGCACCUCAUCGAUAUUCAGAAGACAAUAGAGGAGGCUUCAGACGAGAUGAAAAGCACGAGUUUCGAUCAGACCUCGACCCUUUUGCCAGCCUCUAACAGCGACCUUCAUCUGGCGAAAGGCGGCGACGCCAUAGCGCCAACUUCGGGAAUAACGACCGCCAAGGUCAUUAGAGAUGGAGUUAUCAAUGAGGAAGAGAAGAGCGAUGAUGUGGCAGAGGAAAACGAAGAUGAGAGGGAGUGCCUCCUGGUGAACAAGUUCAAUGGAAGAUUGGAAAUGAUCCACGCAGAACCAGCCUCCAAGUAUGGAACCACCGCCAACGGAACCAGUAACGAUCCAACCGACGUGACACUUUCGGUUCUGAAGUCGAAUCCACUCGGAUCGCUUCAAGAAAAGAACGUGAAUUAGGAACGCGAUACUAAUGUGUGCUUGUGUGUGUAACUGAACUUGCUCAUACUGCCGUUGCUCACCACCAUUGUACCUGAUAUUUGCUCGCUAACCAUUAUGUGCUUUUGCUCAAAUGCUCGUUGAAGAGCUAUUGAUAUGACGAUAAUUAGACGGACGGUUGUUGAGUGCGAUUAUCGUACUAACCGAAUGUCAAAAGAUAGUGUGUUGAUGGUUUGUAAAAAAAUGUCAUGCUAAAUAUUACGCCGCCAAGUUGAGGUUGUGCCCCCGCUUGAGGGUCGCAAUCGUACAAAUUUGGACGUUAUAUUCUCAAAUCAGUCAAAUUUUCUCCUCCAUAGAACGAUAUAAUGCGUUACCAGUGAAUGAUCUCUUUUGUUGGAAAAUACAUGCUUUGACAAAGAAAAACGGGCACCUCUA